UCUUUGUACCGUCAUCUCUUCGCCGAUUUCGCUUGUUCCGGGAUGUCUUCCAUGUCAACCACUGGCUUUAGCCGUCUGCGACCCAAGAUACCUUCGCUGCAAGCUUGGUAGCCUCGUCCCAGUUACAAUCGCCAUCUAAUCGAUGUUCUUGCUGUGAUAUCUGUACUUCUAGCUGUAUUUUGUUGUGCUGUUCGUUGUGAGUCGAAGUUCAACGAGAUCGACCUGAUCUUUCUGUGUUGAUUUCUCAUAGGCUUUUCUCUCGUAUCCAUGGAUCCCAAUCAUAAUCCCCGGCAUCGUGAUGCGAAGGCGCCUGCGGUACGUUCAAUCCUAAGGCCCUCUUCGGCGUCGCGUCGCUCUCCGCCCCAGGAGGGACCUUCAGUUCGAUUUCAGACGUCACCAUCUCGCCCUUCGUCUUCAGAGUCUUCUAGUCAAUCAAUAUAUACGCUCGAGAUCCCCCAGGAUGGCCCAAUUCCUCCCUUACUAUUACCGGCAACUCAAAGUAGACGGCACCUUGAGGCGCUGGUGUUGCAGCUCGCUGCCCAACUUCGUGCUCAAAGAAUUGCCUCACAGUCGCUGCAGGAACCCUUUACUCGUCCGGAGGGGAAGGCAGAUGAAUUCCCAGAGUUCAGGGAUAUUAUGUUGGACAAAUGGACUGCCGGUCCUGGCUAUGGGCCUGUUCUCAAUGCUGAAAGCGUAGCAAAACUGCGCCUUCAUCCUUUGCUUCACCCUGUGCUAUCAUCGCCGCCCUCUGACGACGAUCAUCUCAUCUGGAAUAUGAUAUACCCUCCUUCCACCGCUGAACGCGUUCGGAAGAACGUACGUGAAGCAUUUGAUUCCUUCCGUCUUGAACCUGCGACGCUGCCGCGGGUAUCAAUCCUCCAUAUUGCGUCGCGACGUAUGCCGUGGGUAUUUAUUGUCAGACCUGAUGAUGAUGCCGUUGGCGUCACCGUUGGCGAUGUGCUGACAGUUCUAGCCCGUUACUUAUCGGUCCACCUCAAUGAAGCUGACCUUAGCUCUACCACGGUCGAACAUAGAAAAGCCAUUGUGGCUAGUCACGAAGCGAGGAUGCAGAUCCUGCAGUCAGAGCGCAAACUGAGCAUUCAGGUAGUAGAUUGGAUGGUCGGUCACACACAUUUCACCGGUUUCUUUCAUGAUGUCGAAUACUUGGAGGGACGCUUUCCUGAUACACCCACAAAUCUACAUAUUGUGUUGUGUUCAGAAUCAUCUGAGAUGCCAUAGGUCUAAUGUAGUCAUCAUAUUAUGAGAGUUCGCAAUCUCACAGUCUCACAUAUUUUUCACAAGGAAUUUGUAUGUACUGUACAAGCUUAUACUACAUCUGUACUUCCAACCAUAUGAAGCUGUCUUUUGCUUGGUCUCUGGGCCACUGGUUCAUUGUCGAAAUACCACUAAGCAAUGGUAGAAUUGUUUACUUGUUCUGCAACUG